CGGGUGGUCGCCGUUUCUCGCCUUCCCCCCUUCCCCUUUUUCCUCCCCAGGCGUCCUCUCCCCAAGCCGCUGUGCGUCCACCGUUGUUCAUCUUUCCUUCCAGAAUGCUGUCCCUCAUCCGCUCCUCGCGCUUUGUUGCCGUCCCUGCUACCCGGCUGCUCCGCCCCUUCGCCAGCGUGGCUGCCACACACAACACCCCUCAGGAGUGGUAAGCGAACGGAGAAUGAUGGUGCCCAGGAAGGAUACGGUCUCCACACACCUCUGUUCGUUUUGGUGUGUGUGUGUUCAGGGGGUCGAAGAUGUUUGAUAUGCUCGACCUGGACAUGAACGGCUACGUAAGCCACCACCCGACCGACAAGCAGGAACAGGCAAAGGCACGUGGCAAGUUGCUUGCGCUGCGUUGUUUGUGUGUCACUCAGGUGGAGAAGGACGAGCUGAAGAGGGUGUGUUGGUGUUCUGGUCAGUCCAAGGAGAGCGCUGAGAAACAGUGGUGUGAGGUGCUGGCGUGUGGUGCGCCGUGUGUCGACGAAAACAUCGCACACUGGAUCAGCAAGUGAGAGAGGGAGGGAGGGAGGGAGGCAGGGAGGGAAGGGCAGCGCGGGGAGGCAGUGCACUUAUGUGGUGUGGUGUGGUUUGGUGCGUGCCGUGUGGUCGUGUGUGCAGGGACGAGUACGUCAAGUACUGGAUGAAGCAGACCGCCGACAAGAUCCAGCCCGACGGCCACUACACGCCCGCCUUCGAGAAGACGCUGCAGCAGAAGGCCCAGGAGCUCAAAGUGAAUUCACUCAACGCAGAGCUGUUCGUCAGUGAGCACCCGGAGGCCUAGCGAACUCAGCUAACGCUCUCACACCCCACCCACGUAGCUUCGGCUCGUUUCGCACCGCUUGGUUUUUUCCCGUCGUUUCUUUUCGUGUUUUUUUGCCGUGUUGGUCGAUGAGAGUUACUGCGAGAGGGUGUGGGUACGCGAGAGGGGGGCAGUGUUUCCCAUUGCAAUGCAUCUCCGUACUGUGAGAGUGACAUCUAUGACGUCCACAUCUACUUCUCCCCCUUGUGUCUGUCUUGUGUUUAUACAUUCCUGUGUUGUCUGCGUACGUGUACGCCAAUACGGGUUGCGCCCGUGUGUGUUUUCCGAAGUUUUUCCUCCCUCGUGGCCAGCGCAUGAAAGAGAGAGAGAGAGAGUGUGUCCCGCUGCCCCUACUUGCGCGUGGAGCACUGUGUAUUUAAGAGAGGGGAUGGCGUGGAACACUGAGGGAAUGAACACGUACGUGUACACAGUAGAGUGGUGCACCGAGGUGCAUCCACCCUGUGAGCGCCCAUCUCUGCCUGGCUGUCUGCCUGUCUGUCUGGCUCUCUGUGAAUCACGCUGUGCGUGAGAAGUGUGUGGCACGGAUACGUCGUGUCUGUACAUUUUCCUGUAUCCUGUGUGUGUGUAGCUGUGCAGAGAGCCUAUCUAUCCAUCUAUCCAUGUGUCUUGAC